ACUACCAUGGACAAAGUGGUCUUCAGCCUCCUGCUCCUGGGAAGCGCUCUCACCAUGGUCCAUGCAUGUCCCAAAUACUGCGUCUGCCAGAACCUGUCCGAGUCUCUGGGAACACUGUGCCCAUCCAAAGGGCUGCUCUUCGUCCCACCGGACAUCGACAGGCACACUGUAGAACUCCGACUAGGCGGGAACUUCAUUCUCAAAAUCACCACUCAGGACUUUGCCAACAUGACGGGUUUGGUGGAUCUGACCCUAUCUCGCAACACAAUCAGCGCCAUCCAGCCUUUCUCAUUCAUUGACCUGGAGACUUUGAGGUCACUACAUCUGGAUAGUAAUCGGUUGACAGAACUGGGGCCGGACGAUCUCAGAGGGCUCGUAAACCUCCAGCACCUCAUUCUCAACAACAAUCAACUUAACCGUAUCAACAAUGCAGCCUUCGAAGAUUUGUUACUAACUCUAGAAGAUCUGGACUUGUCGUAUAAUAACUUGCGCACCGUGCCUUGGGAAGCCAUACGCCAGAUGGUCAACCUUCAUCAGAUGAGUUUGGACCAUAACCUUAUAUCCUUUAUCGCAGAAGGGACAUUUACAGAUUUAGAGAAACUUGCCAGAUUGGACCUCACCUCCAAUCGGCUUCAAAAACUCCCGCCCGACCCUAUAUUUGCCAGAUCUCAAAGUGGAAUAGUUACGAGCACUCCUUUUGCACCUCCGCUUUCUCUAAGUUUUGGAGGGAACCCUUUGCACUGUAACUGUGAGGUGUUAUGGCUUCGCAGAUUGGACCGCGAGGACGACAUGGAGACCUGUGCUUCUCCUCCCAGUCUCAAGGGACGCUACUUUUGGUCGGUCCGUGAGGAAGAAUUUGUUUGCGAAGCUCCUCUCAUCACUCAACACACCCACCGCUUGCUAGUACUUGAAGGACAGACCGCUAGCCUUCGGUGCAAAGCUGUAGGAGACCCCAUGCCGACCGUGCACUGGGUUGCCCCUGACGACCGUUUGAUCAGCAACUCUUCCCGAGCAACCGUCUACGAAAACGGCACCUUGGACAUUACAAUCACAACCGCAAAGGAUUAUGGGACUUUUACAUGCAUAGCCGCUAACGCCGCUGGGGAGUCUACAGCCUCGAUCGAGCUGUCAAUCAUCCAGAUCCCCCAUAGGAGUAAUGGAACCAAUCGCACAACACAAGCUAAAUCCGGUCUCUCCGAUAUAACAAGCUCCACCAAGGUCAGCAAAGGGGAGCCCAAACCACUACCAGAGAAGGCGGUAACUGUGUCUGAUGUUACUGCGGUAUCUGCUUUGAUCCGGUGGACUGUCACGAAAACUACGCCAAAAGUGAAAAUGUACCAGCUUCAAUACAACUGUUCAGAAGAUGAAGUUCUCAUUUACAGGAUGAUUCCCAUGAGUAACCGGGCCUUCUCUGUGACUAACCUUGUCCCGGGGAUGCAGUACGACUUGUGCGUCCUGGCCAUCUGGGAGGAUACUGCCACCACCCUGACUGCCACCAACAUCGUGGGCUGCGUCCAGUUUAUCACCCGUGACGACUACCCCCAGUGCCAGUCUCUGCACAGCGGCUUCAUGGGGGGUACUAUGAUUCUGGUCAUCGGGGGCAUUAUUGUCGCCACCCUUCUCGUUUUCAUCAUUAUCCUCAUGGUUCGCUACAAAGUGACCAGCGGCAUCCAAACUAACAAACUUCCUGUCAUGAGCAACACGUAUUCACAGACCAACGGGGGCUUGAACCGAUUUAACGGCGCCCCCCCGCAGGUGAAGUCCACGGUGGUAGUGAUGCGGGAGGAGAUGGUGGAGUUCAAGUGCGGAUCUCUUCAAAGUAGCCUAUCCUCAUCCUCCUCUUCAUCAAACUCUCUGGACGGCCACGGCGUGAGAGGCCCGGCUGACCGCUACAGCAUGCAGGGGAGCGAGUGCAGCACCCUGCCCAGUAGCAAGUUCAGGAGGCACGGGGCGAAAGCACGGCCCAAUCUGGACAAUCUUUUAGGGGCUUUUACCUCUCUGGAGCUGCGAGGGGUACCAAGGGACAGCCAAAGUACGUCUGGACCCUCUACGGCUUCUACAGCGAUGGCAGUGGCUAAAGCUUCAUCUGAUAAAGAGCCUCUUCUGGGGAGAGCUGAGUCUACCACCAUGCUGGGUCGACUGCUUGGACUGCCCCAGGAAGGGAAGCCCAAAAGGAGCCAUUCGUUUGACAUGGGCCACGUGGGCGGAGCGCAGUCCCGCGGUAACUAUCCACGCAGGAUCAGUAAUAUCUGGACUAAACGCAGUCUGUCGGUGAACGGCAUGCUGCUGCAGUAUGACAGUAGUGAGGAUGAGAAACCCGCAUUUGAGAGCUCGGAGUGGGUGAUGGAAAGCACAGUUUGA